AUACCUAUUACCUAGUUGUUGAUACGAGUUCAUAACUCCCAGUCACAGGUCUACCACCUCGCAUCAUCGCAUAUCCGACAUAACACCUAACCUUGCGCCAUGGCGGCAAUGAUGCCCAGCUCCUCCACUUCUGGGGGCAUCGCCUACCCACCCUAUGACAACGAUGCUGUCGAGCGAGACCUGAUCGAUCCUGAUGAUGCUACAUUAGACGACCUUGAUGACCCAAUUGAGAGCACAUCGGAUCGGGCGCCUUUGACAGGAAACAUGCAGUCUCAGCAAGGUCGACGAGAUACGUCAAACUAUUUAACUUCUACCAUCCCAGGAGAGGAUCGUCGCGCGCCAACGAAUACUAUUGACGAGACAGUAUGGGAGACGCUAUCAAGAGAUCUGCUGGCCGUGUGGGAGAAGAUGAGACAGGUUCUAUGGCCAAAGUACCUGCUCGGAGGCAUGCUGCAAUCCGGUGGUGGUAUAGGCGCUGCUGAGCGCGGAGAAUCAGAUGGCCCUUCCGGGAUCAGGGGCAUUGCGGGCAGAUGGCCGGAUGCCGAAAUUGUACUUCAAGGGGGUAUGAGUGAAGGGCUGCGCGAUUGGGAUCUGUGGGGUCCUCUGCUGUUUUGCAUCCUGCUCAGCUUCUUCCUCUCCAGAGGCGCCUCAGACAAGCAGAAGUCCUUGGUGUUCUCGGGGGUCUUUGCAAUGGUGUGGAUCGGUGAGGCUGUAGUCACUCUCCAGAUCAAGCUUCUAGGGGGCAACAUCUCGUUCUUCCAAUCCGUAUGCAUUAUCGGAUACACGUUGUUUCCGCUAGUUAUCGCCUCCAUGCUCAGCGCACUGAAUCUCUGGUACAUUAUCCGCAUACCAGUCUACAUUGUUCUUGCUGCAUGGUCGAUGGCUGCCGGGAUCAGCAUUCUUGGGGGCUCCGGUGUCAUCAGGAAUCGCGUUGUUUUGGCAGUAUACCCACUAUUUGUUUUCUAUCUAGGUUUGGGUUGCUUAUGCUUCAUCAGCUGAGCUUUCACGGAGCGUUUCAAACUCUCCCACGCUUUGUAACUCUAUUGCCCUCUGUAUAAAUGCAUCCGUAUGUAUUGGAGCUUCGAAAUCAAAGCCUCUCAUGGUCGACCGACCGACUGCGUACACCACAAUUUUGAAAUCUGUAUAUUAGUGUUGUAAAAGCCAACAAAGACGAAUGAAAC